AUGGGGCCGAAGACUGGCAUGAGUCAAAUGGUUCAGACUAGAUACUACUUCUGCUACUACCUUUCCAUCGGCAUUGCGCUGCUACAAAUCGCCACCUUGAUCGGUUACACCAUCAUGACAUCUAUUGUCAGUGGGUCGACUUUCACGGCUGGUUCUGAAGGCGACCUCAGCUUGAUUGUGGGUAUCACAAUCAGUGUUGUUGGCGCACUGCCCGUAUCCUUCUUGGGCCACAAGUAUCUGCAUUACAUUGAUUGA